GUCUUCCUGAAGCUGAACGGGCGGUGGGUCAGCAAUUGGUUCUUGUUCCACUACCGGGAGAUAAAACACAGGAGUCCUGAAAGAUUGAGUGAACACACCAACGCUACAUCUCGGCUAAGUGAUUGCUAAAAUAUCAGCCAGUGAGAUGAGGAUUCUGCUGCUCCUUUUGGGUUAUCUGAUUGCAGACUCAGCACUCACUGACCCCUGUGUGAAUUACACAACCUUGAACCAGUCCUGGAGGAGUAUUGAUUGUACUGAGACUGAAUGCUCUGGCCAGUUGAUGUGUGACAACGUUCUCAGCGCCGGAUGGUAUAAAUUUCAAAGUUCUGGUGGAUGGAGAAUUCCGGAUACUGUAGUCACGGGGAGGCAAUGUUCCACACGUGCCACAGGCUGGUUACAAGGCUCACAUCCCACCGUUGAACAGGGAGAAGUAACGAGAAAAGCUUGUUUUAACUUGGAUGGAAAUCGCUGCCACUGGAAUCGGGAGAUAAAGAUCAAGAACUGUUCGAACUAUUUUGUUUAUUGGUUACAGCCGACCCCUAACUGUGACGCUGCUUAUUGCACGGUUGUGGAUUUAGAUCAUAGUGACCCGUGUGAAGAUCAUAUUGUCCUGGAUCAGCCCUGGAGGAAUAAGAAUUGUGAAAAUACGGAAUGCUCCGGAAUGCUGAUGUGUGAUACCAAUACUAAUUAUGGAUGGUACAGAUUUAAGAGUUCUGGCGGAUGGAAAAUGUCAGAGACCAUAAUUCCAACACAUCGCUGUUCCGCAUAUUCCACUGCCUGGUUACAAGGUUCUCAUCCAGACAGAGUUGAUGGAGAAGUGAUAAGGACAAUUUGUAUUCACUGGAAUGGAAACCCCUGCUAUUGGGUGCAUGAGAUAAAGGUCAAAAACUGUGCCAGUUUCUUUGUUUAUGAGUUGAAGUCAUUAUUCUACUGCGCUGCCUAUUGCACAGAUCCAGACUCAGCACCAACUCAUUUGCCCGAGGAACAAUCAACCUGGCAAACUUUUGAGCAGUCGUCACUUAUGCCCACAGGAACUGCAACCUCAGGCCCAGAGUCAGCACCAACUCAUUUGCCUGAGGAACAAUCAACCUGGCAAUCUUUUGAGCAGUCAUCACUUUUGCCCACAGGAACUAAAACCUCAGAUAUUCAAUACACUUGGAUUAAUGUGACGAUCAUUUCCAAGGUGGACCUUGAAGAAGAUACAGCAAAGAGAAUUGCUAACGCGACGGUGCAAAGGAUGGUCAAUGAACAGGCAGGUACAGAGACUGAAUUGGAACUGGAAGAUGUUCGUUGCUGGGCUGUCAAUUAUCUGGAAGCCUGAAAGCAAUAAAUAUGUUCAUGAGUACCAGAUACCUGUAACUCAGUUGUCGUACAUCUUAAAGUUUUGUUCCACAAUGAUUUGCUGUCAUCUGCACAUUUUUCAACACAAGAGAACUGUUGGCAGAGAGUUAAUCUCUAACUAGAAAUGUAUUCAUGUUAUAAUGCUAUUAAUUGUCCUUAAUUCAGCAAAUGUGUAUAAGCUUAAUGCAUUUUUAUUUCAUUUUAAAAUCCCUGUAUAAGUAAUGACUUCUUGUUAGCUGAAACCAGAUUGACAUUACAAUUCUAGCCCUUGUCAGGAUUAAGUGCUCUAU